ACUACUUCUCCACAACCAUACGCCUACAGCCCGCUGCCUUCCCGAUGUCCUGAGACCCAUCUGUGUGUGAGAGGGUGUGUGUGAGUGUCUAAGUCCACUGCUAACGGGUGUAUCACAGAGGAAUACGUCCUCUGUGACUGCAGAGCAGCUGGAGAGGUGAGGAGGAUCGACGGAGUGCGUCACAGGCACUGGCCUGUCCGCUCUUCCCAUGAUGCUCCACCGAGAAUGUCAGAAAUGAUGAAACAUGACAGGCAGUGACAGAAACACCACUAGAGAAAUACAUGACCCAGAAGGAAAGAAUGGUAUGUGCUGCUAACUCAAGACCCAAACUUCACCUGCAAGGAUGCAGCUUCAUAUCCUGGAAUAUCUAAAGCAACACGAGCUGCAUGAGCCGGCGUGACAUGUCCGAGCUGGAGACCCUCCCACCGCGGGUCCACCGGCCGGACCUCCACCCGCGAGUGGAUCCCGCACUUCUGCUGCGGCAGGACGUGGACCAGCAGGUGGAGCUGUGGUGGUUCGGCGAGCCAUGCGUCUCGCUGCUGUGCUACAGCUCCUCGGUGGCUCUGGUGCUGGCCCUGGGCUUGGCCGGCGUGGCACUCCUGUGGUGGGCAGGCUCGGCGACUGGGGUUUCGGCGGCGUGGCGACUGGCCGUGGGCUCCACACUGUGCCUCCUGGCCCUGGUUGUGCUGCUCAAGCAGCUGCUCAGCUCGGCCGUGCAGGACAUGGGCUGUGUACGCGACCGCAGACGAAUCCUGGCCCUGCGCAGUGGGGGAAGCGCUGACCCCUUGCUCCUGCUCGCCGCAGGGCUGGCGCUGGUUGCAGGCGGGGCUGCGCUGCUCGGCCUUGGCCGCAGCGACGCGACGCCUUGCGGCGCUGCGCUCCUGUCCACUGGAGCCGCUGUGGUGCUGAGCGUGGCCGCAUACAGAGCAGUGGUGUACGUACGGGGGCAGAGGACAGGAAGAAGAAGGCGGAGGAGGGUGAGGGUGUAUACCGUGACGGGGCAGAGGGCUCAGCCAUGGAGAGACUCAGCCUCCAGUCAAUCAGGUCUCAUAUAAGGGGAAGGGGAGGAGGUGGUGUCAACAUGAGAUGAGUCAUGCAAAAUAAAGUGAACUGUAAAUUUUGAGUGAUGUUUAAUGUGUGUGUGUGUGUGUGUGUG